AUGGCUCAGUCUCGUCGGGUCCAGCUCACCUCGUUCCCCUGUGACCUGCAGCCCUGUGCGGUCAACAGAACCGUCCUCGCCCCGAAGUCGCCGCCGGAAAGCGGUUGCGCUUCGGGCCCGACGGCGGCGGCGGACUGCUGCGGUUCGGGUUCGGGUUCGGGCUCGGGCCGCCUCGUCGUCGCCUUGUUUGAGCCGGAUGACCGUAACUUCACCGAGUUUAGCUACACUCAACUGCUGGAAAACAAGAAGCGCAACAAAUGCGAUGAAGUCCAGCCGAUGCUCGGAUUUGAAUUGGAGGAGCAGAGGGAGAAGGUGCACAUGAUUGACCUUGCGAGGAAGCUGGAGGAAAAAUAUGCAGUUAAAAAAAAGAAGGACCGGAUUCAAGACUUGAUCGAUAUUGGUUAUGGUUACGAUGAUGAGGAUUCCUUCAUUGACAACUCAGAAGCUUACGAUGAGUUUGUCCCGUCCUCCAUCACCACCAAAUAUGGAGGCUUCUACAUCAACACCGGCGUGCUGCACUUCCGCCAGGCUUCCGACACGGAAACGGACGACGAGACCACAGAGGAGAGAGUGCGCGAAACCUCCAAGAAACGUAAACGCAAAGACAGACAAGAGAUGCCAAAGAAGAAAAGGAGUGAAAAACUUCCACACGAUAAGAACAUCAUCGAUGCGAAGUCAAGAGUCGCAUCUGAGCUUGGAGAGGGCGAGGAGCUGAUGAUGAAGAAGAAAAAGAAAAAAAAGGUGGCCGGCACGCUGAGCGUCACCAGCAUGCUGAAGAAGUUCCGGCGUGAAAAGGAACUAGAGCGGCAGAAAACGGAGCAGAUGGCGGCCACCCCGCCAACUCCUGUGACGCCACUGUGCCCGGCGGACGCGGGCGGCGGCGGGGGCUCGGGACUGGGCGACCCGCUGCUCAGUUUGAUUGGAUCCACCAAUGAUCAUGCUCUUCUCCAGGCCGCCAGCACGGUCGAGUUUGACAUCGAUUUGGACUGUUUGUUGGAUGUCAGCGAUGAGAUUUCAUCGCCUAAAUCAACGCCGCAGUCUUUAAUGGAGGCGCCGCCUCCAAACCAGCCCAGAACAGAACAUCACCACCUGUCUGGAGCAUCCUGUGACACAACACAGCCUCCAAGCAGGAAGAUGGUCCAUCCACAAACGCCUCAUUCGGAGUCUGUGCCAUCUCUUCAGAGCACCGUCCUGCCCGAGGGACUCCGACCUCCCCUGGAGGAAAGCAUCAAAAGACUGAUGCUGGCAACCAAGACCGCAGAGGGAGAGUCGAAACUCAAGUUCUUCACCCCGGAAAUCAACUCUGUCCUGCUGGACGUAGAGUGUCAAUGUCGUGAGCACGGCAGCCAGUUACGCUCCCGAGUGUACACGCACCUGUCGUCCUUCCUGCCCUGCAGCAAGGAGACGCUCCUGAAACGUGUCAAGAAACUCAAGCUUGCAGAAAGCCUUUCAAACGUGGAGGAUCCGGUGCAGAAGCUGAAGGAGGCCAUCGGGCGAGCCAUGCCCGAGCAGAUUACGUGUUUCAACCAACAUUGUCAAGAAUAUGAGCAAGUCAAGACACUGAGGACAUUGGAGGAUGGGAGUGACGUCAGGCAAGGUUGCCAAGGGAACAAUGUGGAGGAGAAGGGGGUAAGAAGAGGUGGUCCAAAGAAGUUGUUUCAAUGGAAUGAUGAGAUCAGGGAGGUGCUCUGUCACUUGCUGAGAGAAAAACUUGCACUGUUUCGAAGCAGAAAGGAAGGGAACCAGCAUCUGGAAGACUACCUCAAGGCCUUGUUGGUCAAGGACAUCAAACCUCUUUGGCCCAAAGGCUGGAUGCAGUCCAGGGUGCUGCUAAGUGAGAGCAGGAAGAUACUGGGCCUCCAGCUGACGUUACCAACAAAGAGGUCCAGAACAGAGAAGAAGCAGCUGUCAAUCGUUGCUCCUUCAGUAUUGGAUCAAAACACAGGACUGCUGCCACUCAAAGUAGAACCUCCUCAUGAGACAGAUUCGUUGGUUGAAGUUUCAAGCGGGUCCUACGUCACCGCGGCGGAAACCGAAGUGAUCGUCUUGGAUUCGGACUCUUCAUCGCCGCCCAGCGAUAAACCGCUGGCGAUCCUCACUGACCAGACUCUCGCGCCCUUACGCCCCCAAGAGCUCCUGGCGGCCGCCGUGGCCAAGUACAAAAGUUCGCUUCAUAACUGGAGCUUGGCUAACGACAGCCCUCCGCCGCCGCCGCCGCCGCCUCAGUGCAGCCCGGUCAACUUUCCAGAGGCAGGCCUGUGUCACAGGGUCCUGCCAAAACUGCUGCAAGACUUAAUGGGUACGCCUUUAGAUUUUGGCCCAGAUAUACAAAUAGACUGAUGUCGUUUUGUAAACUCUCCAAUGUCGUGUUUGCAGAAAGUAAGUAAAGAUGUUCAUUUCCUUUCAAUAGCUCAUAUUCGAUGUCACUUAACUCCCUCCACCCCUCCUUAGAUGAUUUCCAUGGAGUUGGUCAGUAGCUGCAGUCAUUCUUGUUACAGCUGUGGCGUCGCUGUCUUUUUUUGUUUG